AUGCCAGAUGAGGCUCACGCAAACAGUUGGUUCAAUUCCACUCGAUUAAGUUUGUCAACUAAGGAAGAGAAACUCCCGGUGUUGGUCAACCAAGACAGCGGUUUGGGCUCGCCAUCCCAAAGUGGCUUAUCUCAAUUCGAGUCGCACACUGUUAAUCUUUCGAACAAUUUGACCGUCACUGAUGCACUGGACUUGAGGACACAUACGGAAAAGAUGGAAAUGCUGGACAUUCCAAAAAGAUCAUUGGCGGCGGCGGCAGCGGCGGCUGUCACCGCGGUGGGAGCAACCGCACAAGUAACCUCGAGAACAACGGGAACAAAAUAUGCGCAUGUGAAUGGUAGCAGUACACACGAGUGGGAAUCGCAUCUACUGCGUAAAUCGAUGAAUGAAUCCAAUUCACAUAUGUUUGAUUUACCCUCAAGGUUAAAUGACGAUAUGCCAAUGGACUAUUCAAAUCGAUUACUCACCGGUGACAACCAAUUGUUUUCGGGAAAACCUGCAGACUGUACGUCUGGAAUGACGGGACCGUCGAUCGAAUUUUUGGCAGCAUUCUGUGCGGCUGCUAUGUCACGUCAAACUAAUGUGACAGAUAUGCGAAUUCCUCUGUCCAAUGUAAAUUCCCAGCGUUCAUACAGCCCCGAGAACCUGAUUCCUAAUCCCGAUCUAAUGAUGCUGCCAUACAAACGAAACGAUUCACCACACCUCGUCGAUCACUCCAAUUCAUAUCUAAGGGGACCGGACUGGUUGCAUCGCCCAGCAUCAUCAACAACGCUAAAUCAGUCGUCUCACGUGACUGACAUGCUGUCCCAAUAUGUUCCCGUAGGCAGCUCCCCGGUUAAAUUCACCGAUCGUGUUCCGACCGUGGACGAGACAGCUGGACUUGAAGAGACUCGAUCGCGAGCAGACGAUUCCACUCCGCCAAACACUUCGCGAACAAAACCGUCGGAGGAUUAUCUGGAACAGUUUAUGCGAGUGGAUCAAUCACAGAAUGUGCUGUGGCGACAAUUGGCCGAACGAUUCCAACGAACCCUAGCCCCGAAUCAGUGCGGUGUGUGUAGCAAAGUGCUCAGUUGCCGAAGCGCUCUCACCAUGCACUACAGAGUUCACACUGGUUCGAAACCGAGCCUGGAUCCAACUGCAUCAACCUGCCCAGAUAAUCCUCUCCUACAAAGUUCCCCUGUACCGACUGUGUCUAACUGUCCAUCUUCAUCCACCUCACCGUCCAUUUCACAUCAUGGCACCAGUGGUCCAUCUUCACUCCCAUCACACUGGCAGUUCCCCUAUCCAAUUUUUCCAUUCAUUUCACCCAUUUCUUUCGGUCAAAUAUCUGGACAAAAAGCCACAGGCAAACAUCCUACGACCUAUCGGACCAAAGAGGGCGAACACGCGUCCGGGAAAACCGUCCCCGAUCCCGGAACUCGAACUCGUGGCUACCGAAACCCCGAUGAACCUAACUGGUCCAGAAUGGAAACCGAUUAUAGUGCCCUCGAUGACAUUACCAUGGGGCAAACAAUCGGGAAUAGAAAUGAGUCCCAUUUGUACGAUAAAUUUAGCAAUAUGAUCACAGCAACCCUGAGAUCAUGCCAGUCGAAUCAUAACAAUAGUGCCGGCGACACGGUCUCCAGCACCACCGUGACCACUAUCAACAAUAACGAUGUUUCGCUUGUAACCAGUACACCCUCCAACACAUUCCUACUCGCAGCCGAGAAUUGUACCUAG